AUGGGACGUUGUAGUGGUGCUGCUAGAAAUUCUUUGCAACUAGCAAUACUAACACCAAAUCAGCGAGAAAACAUUAUACGAAAGGAACGCGAAAGACGUCGAUUGAUAAGAUAUCAGCAAGUGCGACAGUUAAGUGCUGAAAAUGCGGCAAAAAUCCGGGAGAGAGUAAAAAUUGCAAAGCAGAAAGAAAUGGAGGAACUUAAAAAGCGUAUAAUGGACGCUAUCAUUCAGCGAAAUUACUUAACUUCCAAUGAUGUACUUUCCCCGGUUCAUGUAGAUAACAGUGAAUUGCCUAUCGAGACACCACAUAGAUCACGACGACCAGCAAUGACGAGUGAACAGUUGGGUCGCGCAAUAAUUCGACAUCGUGAGGCAUUGGAUAGACUGCAUCAAGAAAAUGAGCGUAAACAACUGCGACGUGAACUUAUAUUGGAAAGACGAAGAAAAGCCCGCGAAAUAGCAAAUAUACGAUCGAGAGAAAUUUAA